AUGAUACGUGCAAUAAUUAUAUCUAUCUAUCUAUCUAUCUAUCUAUCUAUAUAUAUAUAUAUAUAUAUAUCAUUCCUUGGUGCUUUUCUUUUCCUCGCUUUUCUCUUUUCUUUUCCGCUUUUUCCUUUUCCUCUCUUUCCUUUUUCCCUUCUUCCCCCCCUUACUUUUCCUCUCUUUUUCUUUUCCCUCUUUCCUUUUACUCUCUUUUCUUUUCUUCUCUCUUUUGCUCUCUUUCUUUCCCCCUCUUUACUUUUCCUUUUUUCCUUUUCCCCUCUUUCCUUUUUCCCACUUUCCUUUUCCCCUCUUUACUUUUCUUAUCUUUUCUUUUCGAUUUAUUUCGAGACAAAUCAAAGGACAAGUAGCCAUCGCUCGUAUCUUAACCUCGAUUUUCGCUUGUCUCUUCCCUGUGGACGUAACCAGCCUCGCUUUCAGAAAUCAAACAAUGGAACGAACAAAACGCUAGAUGCUAAAAUUCGGACAUUUUCUGAUUAUUUCCAGCGUUUCCAGAAGAUAUCAGCAGUCGUCACAGACUUGGACAUGGCAAGGGCCGACGAAUAUGAAGUGUUUGUUAAAAACGACCCUCUUGGAAUUGUAAAGAUCAUCAAUGUACGCGAGUUUCAUCAUAAACAAUUAAAGAAUCAGAAACCAGUUCCGGACAGUCCUAUGGCCACGAGCAUUGCGACUAGAAUUGCCCUGAAUUGGAGCACCCCUGUCCUGGCCAACUUUGACGCCUACUCAGCGAACGUUAUAAUCAGAGAUAGCAAUUAUAUUCGAGGAAUUGAUUCGAACUUAGCGGAACAAGCUAUUUACACAAUUCAUAUCAAACCACCGAAAGCUAAUGGAUCAGAUAUCUCCAUACAGAGGUCAGUGCUUCGAAGUGCAUCCAAAUUUGCCCAGAUUUACAAAGUACCGGACAGCGGAGGCGAACAUUUUCAAGUUGCAGGUUAUGGCUCACAGAUAUUUGCCGUGACGUGGUAUACAGGAAUCGUCUACGUAGACAGCGAUGCCGCCCUCCGCCUUACUCGUACGGUAUAUAACAUAUCUAUCUAUCUAUCUAUCUAUCUAUCUAUCUAUCUAUCUAUCUAUCUAUCUAUCUAUCUAUCUAUCUAUCCCAGUCUGAGUUGUUCAUUUCAUAAAAGCGAAGAUGAAUGCAAAUCCCACUGCGGCCUCGGCUCCCCUACAGGUCAGUGCCAGGUUAGAAAAGGAGGAAUCAACACGCCAUCCCCACUGUAUUCGACAUGCAGCCCAAACAUUCAGCAAUGUCCGGAUGGAACUUGCGAUGAUGUAGAAAAGCAACACCCAAUGUUAUGCCCACAGGACUGUACAAGAAAGAAAGUCACUGGCGGCUUCUUAAACGACAAACACAAACCAGCAAUGGGAAUUAAGCUUGGUGAAGGAUGGUGCUCCUGCGACACAUCCGGGUCAUGUGCCUGUAAAUCGUUACCCCGAGCUAAACCAAUCGCUGCCAAGAAGUGCAAUUGUAAAAAGGAAGUCCGGUCGGACACUUAUCAACCAGCAUACCAACCAACAAAUAUCACCGGUGACUCCGAAGAAGAUAAAUCCGUAGACCCCUCUUACUUUUGUGAUGUGACUCUCAAUACAUUUUACCCCCCUUACUUUUCAAGUUAUGUUCCCAAUACUACGCAGAGGAGCUGUGAACCCAUAUUUCUCAGUGGAGAUGUGACCCUAUUAUUUCCCACUGGAGAUGUGGCCCUCAUAUUUCUCAGUAGAGAUGUGGCCCUCAUAUUUCUCGGUGGAGAUGUGGCCCUCAUAUUUAUCAGUGGAGAUGUAACCCUAUUAUUUCUCACUGGAGAUGUGGCCCUCAUAUUUCUCAGUGGAGAUGUGGCCCUCAAAUUUCUCAGUGGAGAUGUGGCCCUCAUAUUUCUCAGUAGAGAUGUGGCCAUCAUAUUUCUCGGUGGAGAUGUGGCCCUUAUAUUUAUCAGUGGAGAUGUAACCCUAUUAUUUCCCACUGGAGAUGUGGCCCUCAUAUUUCUCAGUAGAGAUGUGGCCCUCAUAUUUCUCGGUGGAGAUGUGGCCCUUAUAUUUAUCAGUGGAGAUGUAACCCUAUUAUUUCUCACUGGAGAUGUGGCCCUUAUAUUUCUCAGUGGAGAUGUGACCCUAUUAUUUCUCAGUGGAGAUGUGGCCCUCAUAUUUCUCAGUGGAGAUGUAGCCCUCAUAUUUCUCAGAAGAGAUGUGGCCCUCAUAUUUCUCAGUGGAGAUGUGGCCCACAUAUUUCUCAGUAGAGAUGUGGCGCUCGCAUAUCUCAGAAGAUAUGUGGCCUUCAUAAUUUUCGGUGGAAAUGUGACUCCCGUACUUCUCAGUGGAGCUGUGAUCCCAUAUUUCUCAGUAGAGAUGAAGCCCCAACAACUUCUCAUUAAAGAUGUGAUACCCCCCACCAUACUUCUCACUAGAUUCAACGGGUGUUUAAUGAUACACACCACACUCUCCCGCUUUUACUCUAUCUAUCUAUCUAUCUAUCUAUCUAUCUAUCUAUCUAUCUAUCUAUCUAUGUCUCAGUCUCUAUCGAUUUCUCCGCCUCUCUCUGUCUCCACCCCUCUCUCUGUCUAUUUCACUGUCUCUUUCUCUUUCUAUCUAUCUAUUUCUCUCUCUCACUCUCUCUCUCUAUAUGAUUGGUUUCUCUCUCUCUCUCUCUCUCUCUCUCUCUCUGAUAUGUCUUUUCAAGUUGUGAUUGAUAACAAAGCCGUCCCAAGUCAUCCCCAGGAGUCAGGCUGCGGUGGAGCAUGCAAGACAGUAGUGAUAGCCGUGGUGUCUGGAUUCCUUUGUUUUACCUACGCCGUCAUUCUCGGUUACUGUACCUGGCGCUGCUAUCGACAGCGGCACUUAAAAGCCAAUGGAAACAAGAAGUACCACCCGGGCGUGUCCAUGUCGGCCGUGCAUUCUGACUAUGUCGAAGAACAAAACCGGCUUGUACCCCCGAACAAUCCAAGCGACAUGACAGCACCGAAGUCCAUCGAGGGACACAGCGAGCAACCGUUAUCUGUCUAUCUAAAUCCUAGUAUGUUCAUUACUAUCUAUCUAUCUAUCUAUCUAUCUAUCUUAGAGCUAAAAAGACGUGCGUCAGCCUCCUUCAUAUCUAUCUAUCUAUCUAUCUAUCUAUCUAUCUAUCUAUCUAUCUAUCUAUCUCUCUCUCUCUCUCUAUAUAUAUAUAUAUAUGUAAAAUUAUUGCAAACAAUUAAAACGAUAUAA